AUGGAAAUUCAUCACCCAGUUUUAAAUAUCCUUAUCAGCAAAUACAAGGACUUGUAUGAUAUGCUGUCCUGUAAAACUCAUAUAAUUUUAUUGCCUGAAUCGAAGAUGCUUUUAAAUACAGAUAUAAAUGUAGAGUUUAUUAAAAAAUGUAUAUUUUUAAAAAGUCAUUUAAAAAAUAUAUAUGUAAACUUAUGUGACCAAUGUAUAGAAAUUGAUACAAAAUGUGUUUACACAAAUUAUGGUUAUGAAGAGAAUAGAAUAUGUGAUAUAAUAAAAAUCGAAACAAAUCCUAAUUAUAAUUUUUUUAAAAUAAUUUUUAUUAAUAUACCAUUAGAAGGUGAUAAAUGUGAAGACGAUUUUUCCACAAAUACUAUAAGUUAUAAUAAUAAUUCCUCAAAAUAUAAAAAUGAGAUAAAUUUAUUUUUUAAUAAAAAUCAAACUUCUAAAGAAUAUUUAUAUGCACAACUGUCUCAGUUUAUUUCCUCAUAUAUAAUUGUUAAAGGUUAUGAAAAUUAUAUAGGUAAAAAAAUUGUAAAUAUAGUAGACCAAACACUAAAAUUACAAACAAAUUCAAAUGACAGAAUUUCUGGAAAAGAUAUUAAAAAUAUGUUAAUUAAAUAUACCUAUUCAUAUUUAUAUGAUUUUAUAUGGAAACAGUUAAUUAAAAAUUAUCAAAAUAUAGAACUUAAAAUUCAAAAAAAAAUUGAAUAUCUAAGAAAAGAUAUAAAUGGAUUUUUGGAGGAUGUCAAUCUAAAGCAUAUAAAUAUGUUUCAUAUUGAAGCCCUUUCUUUUCACGUUAAACAGAUCGAAAAAUGUGUGGAUCCAUAUGAUAAAAUUGUAAUUUUGGACAACAUAAGUCAAUUAAUAUGCGAGAUUAUUUCAAGUACAAAUCAUGAUUUAAAAAAACAAAAAAUAGCUAUUUAUGAUAUUAAUAGUGAUAGUCUAAUUUCUAUUAUUGUUGCUGCUAUUUCUUAUGGACAAAUAAAAAAUAUAAUAAGUCAUUCUAUUCAUUUACAUAUGUACAUAGAAAAUUUAAAUGAUUCCGAAAAAAUUGAUAAACUCUCUUUUAUAUUUACCAUUUUUCAUUCAUCAAUUAUGUACCUUUGUGAUAUGAAAAUUUCAUAA